GUAGUGUGAGUGUGGGGGGAGGGGACAGUCGGGCAGGUGACACUUUGACAUAUAUGAUUCCUUUGAUUGACAGUCCCGAAUAUUUUUUCAAAUGUAUUUUUUGGAAAAAUUGUGUAGAAUUUGCGUUCAAAGUGGAGUUCCCCUUGUGCCCGUAGACACCGUUGACUUCGAUUCGGUUAGUUUAAGUGAAAAACUGAAAAUCUGCGCUAAUUUGGUAAUUUCAAAUGACCAAAUCUCUUCAGAAAUAUGCGAAAAAUGUGCAAACAAACUCAGGGUCUCGUAUCACUUCCUAAACAUGUGCAAGCAAAGUACAAAAAUUAUCCAAAGUUACCUCGGAAAACUAACAAAUUUCCACCAUGACGACAUUUUCGAGGACAGUGCAAGGAUUCGAAACUAUGAAACUGUAGAAUGCACUGACCUCAGUGUUGAGUUGGAAAAAUUACCAGAUAUAAAAAUUCAAAAUCUGUGUCACAAGGAAGAUCAGCAGGAGGAGGUUCUUGAUCAAAGUAUAGAAACAUCAAGUCAAAGUCUACAACAGCAUACUCCUAGAAACAGUUCUCUGAGAAGAAAACAAAGAAUCACAAAAGGACAGAGAUGUUCUUUAUUGCAACAGCUUUUGAAUAGGCCUAAAAAAGAAAGAGAUAAACCAUUCCAAAGUUCUUUUGACAUCCAAAGGGGUGGUCUAAAGAACAUCAUUAAUUUCACAAAAAACUAUGAAUUUAGCUUCAACUUGGAUACAAACUCGAACAUCGAAUCCACCCCCUUGGAUAAACUGACUGCAUUCUCAGCAAAUUUUUUUAAAAGAGACUUCACAGACUUCAGAAAUCAUAUAUUGUAUGUUAUAGAAAAUAGGCAUAAAUUUGAGUGUGAUAGUUUGUUCGGAUCAGAAGAUGACGACAAUUUGAGUGAAUAUGAUAGCGAGGAGGAUCAGGAUAUUGUCAUAAAGGAAGAAAGAUUUGAACAUGUCUUAAUAGAGCCUGAUAUUAAAGUUAAAAAAGAGUUAUCUGAUAGCGAAGAUGAGGAUGAACCUGGCAAUCCCCUAGAUUAUCUGGAAACAACUAUUGAAGAGGUAAAUGUUAAGAAAGAGGAAUCUUUGUCAGACUCUGAAGAGGCCAAACUACAAGCAAAUCAAUCAUUAAGUUCCUAUCAUGGGUCAACCAGACCUGCAGAUCAUGACCUGCUUAGUUUGGGGGUAACAUCAUCUCCAUCUGUUAAAUUACUGGACAGACUGGUAUCUACAUACCCAUUGGGAUCCAGAAAGAUCUUUUCACCGAGCAACGCAAGGUGUAGGACAAGAGACAUGCCUUACAUUAAUCCAACGUUAAAAAAUCAAUUUCUGUAUCGGAGCUUUAAAUGUGAGAGGUGCAAUAGGUACUUUAAGAGUCAAGGGUACUUGAAAGCCCACACGUCAAAAGUACAUUGAAAGAAUUCUUUUCUUUGUUAUUUUUUUUUUUAAUUUGAUAUUGUAGCCACUCGUUUUCAGGGUGGCCUAACAAUAAAAACUAAGUUUCUCAAGUUUA